CUCUUUGCAUUACCGGCUAAGCCGGUCGACAACGAUUUCUCUCUCUUAUUUCUUCUUUCGGUCGUGUAACUCUCUUUCUUUUCUCUCUUUUUGUUUUGUUAUUCGAUCGCCUUUGAUUCUCUCUGCUUUCUCUUUCUCUUUCGUUUCACAGGCCCGAAUAUUUUUAUAAUGAAGGCUGCCAAGGGUAAGGGGGCACCAAAAAGUUCAAGGGAUGCUUUGAAACCAGUAGAUGACAGAGUAGUUGGCAAGCGAAAGGCAGCUGCUGUCCAAGCUGAGAAGAGCAGCAAACGAAAGACCAAGAUGGUAAAAAAAGCCAAGAAAGACCCCAACAAACCCAAGAGGCCACCUAGUGCCUUCUUUGUUUUCCUCGAGGAGUUCAGGAAAGAGUUCAAGAGAGAUAACCCAAAUGUGAAGGCUGUAUCAGCUGUUGGAAAAGCUGGAGGGGAGAGAUGGAAAUCAUUGACUGCGGCUGAAAAGGCUCCCUAUGAAGCUAAGGCUGCCAAAAGGAAGGUCGAGUAUGAAAAGCAAAUGAAGACCUAUAACAAGAAACAGGAGGGUACGGCAGACGAUGGUGAUGAGGAGUCAGAUAGGUCAAAGUCUGAAGUCCAUGAUGAAGAUGAGGCUAGUGGAGAGGAAGCACCUCCAGAAGAGGAGGAAGACGAGGAUGAUGACGAGGAGGAUGAUGAUGAUGAAUGAAAUCGUACACGUUUUGGGCAAUGGAUGGUUAAUAUUCCAAGAACAAGAUCCUAUGUUUUGUAUGUCCAUACAUUUUGGUUCUUAGCUUGCCUUAUGGUAACCUUUUGAAGCAAAGAAUAUGUGGCUUUACAGCCUUGAUUAUCUUACUUUAGUGUGUGUAUAAACAAAGGCAGCUUUCUUUGCUAGUUUAUAUAUUUACAUGGUAAAUUAGCUCA